AUGGCAUCGACUGUUCCUGGCUAUGUGCCACUUUCUCCCUCUAGAUACGACCUCAGUUCUUACUGGGGAAGAGUCCAGCACUGUGCUGAGAUUUCCGAUCCUACUAUGUUGCUCAACACAACCAGUGACAUCGAGGCUGCUAAGAGAACGAUCUGGGAUUACAAGAAUGGAGUAACUCUGAAAUUGACUCCAGAAUUAUGGAGAGCCAAAAGAGUAUUGGACUCUACUUUACAUCCUGACACAGGAGAAACCGUAUUCUUGCCAUUCAGAAUGAGCUCAUGUGUUCUCUCUAACUUGGUAGUAACCGCCGGGAUGUUAACUCCCAAUUUGGGAACUGCUGGAACGUUAUUCUGGCAAGUAGCCAAUCAAUCGCUAAACGUUGCUAUCAACACUGCAAAUGCUAACAAGUCACAUCCUUUGACAACCCAGCAGAUCGCCACCAACUAUUCUAUGGCUGUUACUGCUUCGUGUUCUGUAGCCUUGGGAUUGAAUGCCAUCGUUCCUAGAUUGAAAUCAUUGCAGCCCAGCACCAGGUUGGUAUUGGGCCGUUUAGUGCCUUUUGCUGCUGUGGUUUCCGCAGGGGUUGUCAAUGUCUUUUUGAUGAGAAGUGAAGAAAUCAAAAAGGGAAUUACUGUCUUCAACAAGGAUGGAGAAGAAGUUGGUACUUCCAAAAAGGCUGCUCUCUAUGCCGUAGGGGAAACGGCUGCCAGCCGAGUCAUCAACGCUACACCAAUCAUGGUUAUCCCACCAUUGAUUUUGGUUAAGCUUCAACAGACAAGACUCUUGAAAGGUAAAUCAAAGUCGGUUGAAACUUUGCUCAACAUCGGCUUAAUCUUUGCCACGUCAUUGGUGGCCUUGCCUUUUGCAUUGGCUGUGUUCCCCCAAAGAAGACAUUUGAACGUCUCCAAACUUGAAGACAAGUUCCACAACUUGAAAGACAAGGACGGAAAUGAUAUACAAACCUUGGAAUUCAAUAGAGGAAUCUAA